GAAUAGAUUUUCUUAUCUUUUCUGGUUUAUCUUAUUACUGUGCAAUAUUCCUGUGAUUGUUAUUUGGUGCUCUCGCUGUGUAUCCUAUUUCGUAGUGUUUAAAUAGAUGAUCAAAAUUAAAACUAUUUUCAAUGAAUUUUUCAGUUUUAAUGCAGCCCGCGCAUUGAAUAUUUCGUAUAUGUCUCUCCGUGCCGCAAGAGAAUGUGUUCGAAAAUACGUGUUUUGCAACAACUUUUCUAUCAUUCCCCGAAUCUGCGGCGCGUUUUACAAUAAAAACUUAACUACCCAUUAAAAACAGAGAUUACUGCUCUUACACGUUUCUAUUCACCAUAUUUCAUGCUUCAAAUAAACAACACUCCGAAGAGCUGUUUUGUGUGAUAUCUCUGCUUCACUUUCAAAAUAUGACUAUUUUCUUCUCAUUUCGAGAGUUCCGUUGCAAUUCAAAAAUAAUUAUUAGACAGAAAAGUGUCGACGGUAAUUUCUUAGCAAGAUAAAAUGGGAAACAUACGUAUUUCUUGAUUUGUGUGUCGUUAACAAAUUUUAUUGUAAACUAGCCCAUCGAUACUACGCACAAUUUUCAUGCGCAUAAAAUUAAAUGUUAAACCCUACGAAGAUACGAUAGCAAAUGUCUAAUUAACUGCGAAUUUGUCAAUUGAGAAUAACAUAGGUUUCCUUCAUAGACGUUUUUUAAUUUGAGUAACUUUCUAUAAGAACGGGGUUCAUUUAAAUGCAUAUAUUAAACUACGAAGUUGAAACUCAUCGUACGCGUAACAACAAUGCAGGAACAGACUUGGAAAUUGAAUUAAAAGUAAAAUGCAUUGUGUCGCACGCAUGUAAAUACUGCGUACAAGCGAAACACAAGCAUGCAGUUACCAAUAGUCGACUUCACGCAGCACGAGUUUCCACAAUCGGAGGCCUGCGAUUGGCCGGGUGGCCACGAGGGAGGGAUGCGCGCGCAUUGAUCAGAAGCCGCGUGUAGAAGCAGUCGUUAUGACGAUGCCAACGAUACAACAAGCUAGUUGAGACGUGAUUACAUUGUUGGUGUUGUGUUAAGAAAAAACAUUCGCCGUUGCCUUUUAAUUGUUCUUACUGUCAGAAAAUUCGAGGAUAAUCGAACGCGUGAUCAGCUACAUCCGCCAUAGUUACGCACGCGUAUAUCGUGUAUCGCGCCGGGCAGAUUCGUUUUGGCGGUAUACCAGUUGCACGCGGCACACGGAGUGUAGCGGGCAGAGAGAGCGCGCGCGCGCACGAGCAACAGAGACAACAGAUUAAGUGGUCGUGCGUGGUAACGUUGAUUUUGUAAGGUGACCGGCAAGCUGCGCGGUGAAGUGAGAAAAACGUGACAUGGAAUUGCACACGCCAAAGCGUGAGUCGCGCCCUUUGACGGAAGCGUUGCCGUGCAGCCCACCGAUGUGCGAUACCAUGCUUUAUCCGUGGAACUGGGGCGAGGAGGCAAGAAAUGUGAACUUAAGCCCGGGCAGCUCCUGCUCCUCGCCGGAGUAUCGCGAGAAUAGCGUGGUGAGCUCACGGACGGGCCCUCGAUCACGUUCCGGUGGUUCUGAAAGUCAUCGUCGUGGUCGGCCCAGAGCGGACGCUCUUUCGAACCUUAUGAUGCAGGGAAGCACCUCGCCGAGCAGUAUAAAAUGCACCUACUGCAACAGGGUCUUCCCGAGAGAAAAGAGCCUCCAAGCACACCUGCGUACCCAUACAGGGGAGCGUCCGUAUCCAUGUGAUUAUCCUGGUUGUACAAAAGCUUUUACGCAAUCAGGUCAAUUAAAGACUCAUCAAAGACUACAUACAGGAGAGAAGCCGUUCUUAUGUACUGAACCUGGCUGUGAAAUGAGAUUUACGCAUGCAAAUAGGCACUGUCCAGACCAUCCAUAUGCUACUUUGACCCGUUCUGAUGACUUUGUUUUGAAGCCUGUAUCCGAAAAUACUGAAUUACCCCACGAUGUUACUAGAUGGCUAGAACGUUAUAAAAUGUCCAGAGAACGAGAGGAUAGAACACCAACAGGAAAAAAUGAACGCAAGAAGAAAACAUGGAAAAGUAGUUCUGAAAAUCACAAAAGAGUCAAGUCUAGGAAGGGCCUGAUGAUGGAUGCAACAGGUGAACAGGAGAACUUAGACUGUAAGGCGUCCAAUCAAAGAUUAUACUGUGGAGAAAGUCAAGAUAGUCAAGAGGAUAGUCAGGAUGAAGAUCCAGCGGACACAUGUAAUAUAUUGCAAACUUCGGAAGAUGAGGAAAUAUCUGCAAAGUUGCCUAUUACUCCCUUAAGGAGACCCCUAGACAGACUUCAACCAAAGAAAAGGUGGUUAAGAGAAGCUUGUUUGGAGCAACAGUUAGCCAAACCUUUAAAUUGGGAUAAUAAGCCUAUUAAUAUACCAGUAACAACGUCAUUCAAGAAUACUGAUGGUCAGAUGCAUUGGAAUGCAUUGACUGAUCACUCGUCUAAUGUAUUGGGCACUUCAUGCUUGAAUGCAUGCAAAGAAAUUGAACUCACAAAAUCUGAGGUGGAUCCUGCUUAUGUAUGCACAUAUGUAUCUUGGGACACAACUAAUGGUAACACAGAAUCUCUGAAGAAAGCUAUAAAAGAUGAACAAAAGUAUAUUUUUGAAGCACCGAUUACAUUGUCUCAAACCAAUUGGAAUUCUCAGAAUAACACAAAUGAUUUUGCAAAUAAUGUAUCUCAAAUUAAAACUGUUAGUCAGCCAGUAUCUGAAGUUGAAUGGGAUAAUGAGGUGGUUAAAGAGAAUUCAAAAUCUUUAUCGAAUCAGGCCAAUGUAAAAAUAAAAAAUUGUGAUCAAAAGGAGACAGUUAAGCAAGAUACAUUUAUACAGUCUCAUAUUAGUGAGAAUGUAAUGAGACCAACUGUUUUAAUGUUAGCUGGAAGUUCUAACAACAACAACAACAACAACAACAAUAAUAUUAAUAAUAAUAAAGAUAGUAUUUCAAAAAUAAUUCCAGUUGAGUCUGAAGCAGUGACAAAAGUAGUUGUUGUUAAAGAAGAAAAGAAUUUUAUUAAGUUACCGAUUCCAGAGGACAGUCAGAAAUGGUUAGGUGCAUUAGCUUUGAUGGAAUUAGCUAAAAAUCAGGAAAAGACAAGAUGUAUAAACCUAAAACAGAACAAGGAUGAUUGCUCUGAGAAUUCUGAAUUAAAUUAUGCCAAUUUAUAG